AUGAGUGCAUAUGAUAUUCGGAGACAACGGCAUAUAUGGACGUACCCCAAUUUGGUGGUCAGGCCAAAUGAGCCGUAUUUCAAAAAUGGCACUUAUACGUCAUAUGCAGCCGUACUGGCCUUUGCCUGCGCGCACACAACAAUAAAAGGAGAAUCAAUUCAAGUUACAUUUCUGGAAUUUGAGAUUGUGCAUCGCGAUCUCAUCGCUGCGAGGGAGCUCGUGAUUCAGCGCGAGUCCGAACUGGUUCCCGUGGGCAAACGCGCUACGGAUGUCUACAUCGAGGAGCAGAUGCGUGGAAUGAUCGUCGACGAGGAUGGCAAGGGCUACAAGCCUAACCCAGCGUACACCAUUGAUCAGGAGCGAAUCGAUGUGGCCGAGGCGGAGAAAGCAGGGUGCGAGGAUAGACUGGAUGCAGCAAAGCGAGCGGUCGAGGAUCUCCUCGGGAAUGCAAAGAUGCGAGCGCAAUCGGUCGGUGCGCCGGUAGCGGGUACCAGGCUUGUCUUUGUGGAUCUAGCUGGGGCAGAAUACAGCACUACCGGGAGCACCACUGGAACUGGGAGCGUCGCUGCAGCACCGCAAACAUCUCUGGAACGUCAGGAAGGUCGACAGAUCAAUACGGACCUGCUCGCCCUCAAAGAGGUCAUUCGCGCAAGAGCUUCGAGGCAAUCACGCAUCCCGUACCGCAACUCGCCCUUGACCAUGGUGCUGAAAGAGCACUUUGAGCAUGAGCUUGCACCUCAAGACACGUCCUUUAUGAUUUUGAACGUGGCGGAAGCUUCUGCGCAGCUCACAGCGACCGUCAAUACGCUUCAAUUUGGCAGUCUUGUUGGUGUCGUAGCAGGGUGA